AUGGAGAAAAAAGAAGAAAAUGUUAUGAGAGAAAUUAAAGUUAACAAAUUGGUUCUUAAUAUUUGCGUUGGAGAAUCAGGAGAUAGAUUAACAAGAGCUGCAAGAGUAUUAGAACAACUAACUGAGCAAAAACCAAUUUUUGGAAAAUGUCGAUUUACAAUAAGAUCAUUUGGUGUAAGAAGAAAUGAAAAAAUAUCAUGUUAUGUCACUGUUAGGGGAAAAAAAGCAUUAGAAAUAUUAGAAAAAGGAUUAAAAGUAAAAGAAUAUGAAUUAAGAAGAAAAAAUUUUUCAGAUACAGGAAAUUUUGGUUUUGGUAUUCAAGAACAUAUUGAUUUAGGAAUCAAAUAUGACCCUUCCACGGGUAUUUACGGAAUGGAUUUUUAUGUUCAUUUAUCAAGACCAGGAUAUAGAGUUACAAGAAGAAGAAGAAGAAGAUCAAGAAUCUCAAAAACUCAUAAAGUUACAAAAGAAGAUGCUAUGAAAUGGUUUCAAACAAAAUUUGAUGGAAUUUUACUUAAAUAA